AUGGGGGGUCGCCUCAUUCCACUUGCACUGAACCUGAUCGAUAAGUUAAGCAUCUAUAAAACGCAGGACGCCGUGCAAAACCUGUUCGAAACAGAGCUCCGUGGCUGUCAACUGUACGCGAUCGUGAACAACAGCGCCGUGAUGUGUUUCGGCGAAGCAGAGUGGCAGACGACGACCCUCAUCUCGGAGCAGGUUUCUGUAAACUUGAACGGACCGUUGAUGUUUACCUUAUCACUGUUGGACAUUUUGAGAAAAGACCGCGGCCGGCUGGUAUUCGUCACCAGUCAUUGCGGUCAGCAACCGCUUCCCGGGUUGAGCGUUUACUCAGCCACAAAAGCAGGCCUACACGCCUGGUGUACCGCUGUGAGACUCGAACUGGCACCCCAUCGUACGCCGGUGGUCGAGCUUGUGCCCGGCUCGUUCCUGCUUCACUCGAACAUCUGUGCCCGUCAAGCGCAUUUUUUCGACGACAUGUGGUCUAACAUGAAGCCCGGGCAACAGCUUUUUUAUGAGACCUAUUUCGGUCGGUUCCGCGAUUACUUGCUGCCACUGUGUAGACGCCGCCCGAUCGAACCGUUUCCGGCUGACGAUCCACUGCUGGAAUCCAUCCAUGGCGCGCUGUUCGAUAAGCACCCGAAAGCGAUCUACAAGUGCGAAUCGUGGCGCUACUGGGCAUACUACACCGCAUUCGCUUUCACACCGCGCUUUGUGCGCGACAAACUAAUCCGCCGUUUUCUAGCUAUGCCUGAGUAUAAUGGUGAAAAUCACGCUCCUGUCCACGGCGGUGAUCCGCCCCUCGUUGAACCGGAUCGCCUCGCUCAUCCCGCGGACCCGGCCGAUGAUCCACACGCCGGGAAUGCGAUUCGUCGUGCCAAUGAUAAUAACUUGCACAAUCAAACCGCCGAUCAACAGGGCUGUGGGACGAAGGCGUGGACCUUCGUUGGUGAUCACUCUUACCCUACAAAGUUACCUCCCGGCUACUAG